GAUCUUCUGCUACGCUAUUCAGGUAAGCAGGUUCCCAUCUCAAGUAUUGCAUUCAGAUUAGGAAAGACUGAACAGACAAAAAGAUAUGGCUCAGGGCCUGAACGCGGAGUAUCGGGUAGACCUGCACACACAGGACCUAUAGACUUGAGUUAUUAUCUAUGCUGAAGCUGCUGCCAAUCUGGCAUACAUCUGCAGGAAAGCAAUAUUUCUACUGCUGUGGAGUCUUCUAUCUGCCUCUGGUUUAACACAGCUGGUUUCAGAUGUUUUUCUAAUAGUUACGGACAAGUUUAAAUGAAACCAUCUAGUCUAUAAAGGUGUCUUAAAAUGUGGCACAUCUUGUAGACUUGGCAGAGAACCCUCACUCCAGACUUGCCUCUCUACCUGUUACCAGACUUACCUGCCAGGAAGUGAAUCCACAUGUGCGGAGGGGGUAUGAAGGAGUAAUCGUGGCAGUUCUUUCCUCAGGGUUUUGAUUUCCGAAAUAUUAUUUGUCACUAAGAUUUUAGAUCAUAGAGUUUAAAUGGGUGGUUUUCAGUCGUAAAUAUUUGUCUUGCUACCCUGGAAACUAUGUACUUUGUUAAUAUUACAUAUUUAUUCGAAUCUAAUCCAGUUCUAAAUAUAGUAUUUUUCUUUCACAGUAAUACAAAAGAUCAGAAGCAUUAUGGUAAAACAUUGUUUUGCUUUUCUUCAAGCGUUCUGAAAUGAUUCAUAAACAGGAAGGAAGAUAAUUGAAGUAACUGGAGUGAUGAGUAGAUAUCAGAAAGGGCCAACAGAGUUGUAAGAUUGAAAAAGAAAAAGGUGAAUCUAUAGACUGAGAAGCUCAAUGCAGAAGAAAAAGUUCUGCAUGACAUCUAGUCAUGGAUUUGAAUUCAAAUUGGUGUGUUUGGGGGGGAAAUGAGGUAAAAGUCCAGAGAUCACAGCAAUCUUCAUGCCCCUCAUAAAUCUUAUUUCAAUCUGAAUUUGCCCAGCAGCCAUUGUUCAAUUUUCUGAGUAGCUGAAACCGAAGAAAGAAUGUUUUGACAGAUUUGUAUUUCCUGUUAUCUGAUGACCAGUUGCUGGUUUUCUCUGGUUUGGUUCUUGUUCCUAAAAAAGAGUCAUGUGUCAGUGGCAGCGCUUGAGGUAAAUGGGCUCGAUGUCAGGGAGUCAAGUACCGGUGAUGCGCUGGGCAGUUUGAACUCUCUGCAGAAGUUUGCGGUCUGAAGCAGUUCCCAGACCGAACGGUGAUGCCGUUCGUAAAGAUGCUCUCGAUGGUGCAGUUGUAGAAGUUCACCAGGAUCUGAGGAGACAUGUGGAUCUUCUUCAGUCUCCUUGGGAAGAAGAGAAGCUGGUGUGCCUUCUUGACCAGGGUUGAGGUGUUAAAGGUCCAAGAGCGGUCCUCCGAGAUGUGGACACCCAGAAACACGCUCAACCUCUGUUGAUGGGGAUGGGGGCGUGUAUGUGGCGUUUGAUCUUUCUGAAGUCCACACUGAUCUCCUUUGUUUUUCCGGUGUUGAGGACAAGGUUGUUGUUGGUGCACCGGUUGCCGGACCUCCUCCCCCUGUAGGCCGACUCAUCGUUGUUGUUGAUGACGCCCAAGACCGAUGUGUCGUCUGCAAACUUGAUGAUGGUGUUGGAACCAUGUGCAGUCGUGGGUGAACAGAAAGUAGAGGAGAGGAGUCGGCACACAGCCCUGUGGAACGCCAGUGUUCAGGGUGAGGGUAGAGGUGGCGCGACUACCUCACCUAACAUACUUGGGUCUGUUGGUUAGGAAAUCCGUUAUCCAGAUGCAGAGGGAGGUGUUGAUGCCAAGGUCACCUCGUGUGGCAUUCAGUUUAGAGGAGGUGAUGGUGUUGAAUGCUGAACUGAAAUCGAUGAACAGCAUUCUCACGUAGGUGUUUUAUUGUCGAGGUGGGAGAGGGCGUCUUCUGUACACCUGUUCUGGUGGAGGGGGUCCAGUGUGGGUGGUAGGCAGUUUAAGAGAUGAGUCUGGACCAGCCUCUCGAAGCACUUCAUGAUGACGGGUGUAAGAGCAACAGGGUGAAAUUUGUUGUUUCCAUAUUUAAGAUGGUUUGUCUUUCACCAAUAAAUGAAUGUACUCUUCAAAAACAAGUGUCUCAUAAAACAAAAAUCUGUUUCUUAACUAAAUGUAAGGAGAUGGCCAAUGCGUUGUUCCCUUUGAGGAGUUUUGAGCAUCUUUUUAUAAUUAUCAGGAUCAUGAGAUAAUCCUUUAUUAGUCAUGCAGCAGGAACAUUUACACUAUUGUUAAUUGUAAUUGUUUUUCCAUUUACUUCCAUAUUAUCGUAACAUGCCUAAUCAGGAUUGUUAGUAGUAACUUUCCAACAACAUAAAUGUGCAUUUGCCUCUUGUUGGCAAGUGGAAAGUUGAUGGGUAAAUGUUCAUAUUUAUAAAUGUAUACUCUAACUUCUAAAUUCUCCCAAGCGCCUAUAACUCACACCUCCCGUGUUCCUUUUUCUUUGUUUGAUAUUUUCCAGCGUUGCCGUGUGUCGUUUCCCCAACACAGGAGAUGAUUGGUAUGUUCUUGUGGGCGUUGCCAAAGACAUGAUUCUCAACCCCAGAUCCGUGUCCGGUGGCUUCAUCUACACCUAUCGGCUCGUCAGUGGAGGCGAGAAACUGGAGUUCGUGCACAAAGCUGAGGUGAUCGUGAACUACCAUGUUGGUGAGACGGUGUUAUCCCUCCAGAAGACCACGCUGAUCCCUGGAGGUUCGGAGUCCAUGGUCUACACCACUUUGUCUGGAGGCAUCGGCAUUCUGGUCCCAUUCACCUCACAUGAGGACCAUGACUUCUUCCAGCAUUUAGAGAUGCACAUGCGCUCUGAAUAAGUUUUUUCGAGAAAUCAUAGGUUAGGGCACUUAUAAGCUCGUUAGCUUCAGCCUCGACCCUUUCGGUCAGCCACUUUCUUCAUUUGUUGAAUUAUGAGUGUUGUAUAUUUUGCUGAUUGAAAUAAACUAAAUCAUCAUCAACAUGUAA